AUGUUCCGCCAAUCUGCAAAGCCAAACUCUACGAUGAUGCCAUCAGUUUCUGUUUUUAUGCUUGGCAGGAGGGCCUGUGCUAGGGAUUCGACAUUGACCAAUAUCGAUUUAUCGAUCGAAUUCGUUCGCAACGACAUGUUUGUGCCAAGAAUAGACUUCGGAGUUGGUCCAUCAUGGUCGGCCGGCAUCAACACUAUGAACGGUUUUGGAGUGUUAGGUCCCCGAUCUUCGUUCGAGGUACACUGGACGCGAAAGAUCAUUACCGAAAACCGUCUAACGUCAACUGCAUUCUACCAGGCGGUGAUCGUCCUAGGCUUUCAUAAAGACGGUGUUCCAUCGAAACAGCGCCUGAAGUCACCUCUUAUGGAAAUUCGACCAAGGCGAAGCCUUCGGCUUCUUCAUUUUGUCAGCGGCGACAUUACUGCCUCCCCAAAAAAGCCGUUCUCUGCCAUGACAGCUAUAAUGAACACUGGGUAUUCACCGCUCACGAAUGUACAGGUUGUUCUAGCCGAUUUUGACAUAGUAACAUCAUCACAAGCCGCUCCUUUUGAUAUUGUGCGAAUGGAGCUCGAUGGAAAGCAGAUAGGUACUUCCAUAUCGCCAGAAGUAGGCUAUAUCGCUUCAGGCACCUCGAAGCGUCUCACUUACCACAUUACCACUCCAGGACAGACGGCAAACAUAGUGAACAUGUCGGCAAUCAUCACAGUUGAGGGAAUACUGAUGCCCGUGGAAGACCAACAUAUCUAUGCCAUAAGGGCAGCAGUCUCAGAAAAAGAUGGAUUCAUCGUUUCGCCCGUAACCGAUUCCGAGCCCCUAUUUUUCUAUCGCCCCGAUAUUGGCAGCAUUAUCAACAUCGUACCGCUUGAGCACGUUGCGACUCAUCAAAAACCAAAUGGAGAACCGAGGAAAAUCACAUUAUUAACUUCUUUCCGCAGUUUGGUCACGCCAGGCUUCACUGGAGCUCUUUGGGGAACUUUCAAAUUGCCUGAAUUACCAUCAAAUUACCGAUUGAUGCGUGUCGUCGAUCAACGUGGUACGCGACUGCGUGUGGCCACCCCAGUCACUUGGAUUGAAGAAAACGGCGAGGAUCGCAAUCUGAACUUCAUCGACUCGGCAGCUCCUUUUCCCGUCACAGAUAUCGUUUAUGAGAUGGAAUUCGGCGAACCGACGGAGAGCUCGGGACCAGAAUUCGAUCAGACAUCAUACAGAGUGCAGAUCUUCCCCGAUUCGUGGCCAGAGCCCGGCUAUCCGUUUGCUGUCAUAUCAUCACACUCGCCAGCUUCGUCUAACGUCACCUAUGCCCUCUACACACCUGACAACGAAAAGUCAUUCGCGGUUGAUCCCUACACUGGUGAAUUGUUCAUGACUUCGUCGGUGCCACCAGGUGAUGAGUUUUGCACCCUCUUGGUGGCUAAGGACGCACAAGGUCGAGAGACUGCCGUACCCGUAGCCAUCAAUACUGGUGGUCUUCGUAAAGAAUGCAUCAACUUUGACAACACCUAUCUCUCGCCGUCAGUUUAUCAUGGCCCCCAUCGGGGAUCAAUUGGCUCAUGGGCUACGAUAGUGCCCACAAGAAGCACUGAAUCCGGGGAGCCCACGAUGUAUACAGUAUCGCCAGACAGCUUACCGGCGACCCUGACGACAAGCAAAAGAAUCGCAACAAUGAUAACGACUACUGGUAUAGGCAGCGAAGGAAUACCGACUCCAUCUACGAUGGAUCCUUCAGUAUUUCAGUCGGGAACUUCUACAGUUUUUCCUGUUGAACCCAGCUCUCAUACCUCCACAGAAGGGAUUUUCAUCCCCGCUUCUACUACAGAGACACCCUUAGAGCCCAUAACGCCUGACGCAGACCAUGCCGAAUUAGGAACAACUUCAGAAGGAACCACUUCCACAGUAGCUACUUUACCAGAUGCGGUUGAACCAACUCAUCCUGUACCGAUUUCCCCAGAUGCAUCACUCAUGACCGUAACUUCUUCCGUGACAACGGUAACUGAUAGAGCAGAGGAAAUACUCACGAUAACGCCUGAUUCUCAUUUACCUGAAAUAACAACGGUGGAAGAGAGCUUUCCCUCUCCGGUGCCUUCAUUAUUCCCGGAACCCUCCACAGAGCUUCCUACAGAUCCGCCCAUUUGGAACGGUUCUUCGCCAGGAAACAUACCUGUUGAGGUUUCUACUGAGGAGAACAUUAAUAACGUUACACCAGAUUCAUCACCGGAAACACCACCGCCUGUGACUCUUACGUUAGAACCCGAAGAGCCACUCACAAGAAUUUCAUCCAAUGGAAAUUCUCAGACCGUGAGUUUCGUAGGCACACCCGGCACGGGCGACUGGGCUACGGAGCCCACAGGGCUAGCAACCACAGCAAAGGAAUCAACGUUACCGGUAGAGUUGAUUCACACAGUAAAUCCAGAUGGAGGGGCAACUGAACCUCAGUGGCCUACAGUUAUCCCUCCAGUAUGGACACCAGUAGGUGGUGGCGGUACGCUGGCCACUUAUCAAACUACCGCACGUCCAACCAGGACUACACUCGAUCCCUACUAUGGGAUGGCGUGUGCGAAACAAGGCGAGCCAAUAUGGGACCUCAUUUGUGAAUUGAGUAAAGCAUCGAUCAGGAGAGAACCUUGA